CGAGUGUCGCCCCCUAGGCCGCCCCUCCCCACCGGCGUCGCCGGUUAAAUCGGGGCCGACCAGUUCUCAUCCGACGCCGCCCGUGUUGCCGCUGCUCCACCGGCGGUGUCUCGCCACUCCGCCACAAUCAUUUGGAUCCGCGCGCCAUCCUGACGUCACCGUCCCCCCGAAGCUCAUCUCCCACUUGUCGCCUUUCCAUUCGUCGGAUCCCCGUUCGAGCUGCUCGGGAGUCUGUGCUAAGCCGCUGGCUUUUGAAGGAUAAAAGCUUAACCAAACAAUUUAGAUCUUUCGUUUAGUUGCUAAAGCACUCCGAAGAGAGAGACAGAGAGAGAGAGAGAGAGAGAGACUGUGAGAGUUUGGAAGAUGUCAGGGAUCAUGGUGUCUGAGAGGAAGAAGGAAGUGGGCUUGGCCCUCAAAUUUGAUGCCACUGAGCUCAGGCUGGGCCUGCCCGGCGACGACCGGUCUGAGAUCGAGACCCCCAAGGCCGCCGGCAAGAGGGGGUUCGCCGAGACUACGGCGGCGGUGGACUGGAAGCUGAAGCUCGGCGACUCUGCCACCAGCGCUGCUGCUAAGGACUCUGAUCUGGCGGGGAAGAUGAGGAACCUACCUAAGGAGAACGACCUUCCGGGCGUCGACGACCCCGGGAAGCCGCCGGCGGCCAAAGCGCAGGUGGUGGGUUGGCCGCCCGUUCGGUCGUUCAGGAAGAACAUCCUGGCCGUCCAGUCGGCAAAGAACGGCGAGGACGGCAGCGAGAAGAGCAGCGCCACCUUCGUCAAGGUGAGCAUGGACGGCGCUCCUUACCUCCGCAAGGUGGACCUGAAGAUGUACAAGACCUACCAAGAACUGUCCAAGGCACUGGAGGCCAUGUUCAGCUGCUUCACAAUUGGGAUGAACGGCAGGGAUUUCAUGAAUGAGAGCAAGUUGACUGACCUGCUAAAUGGAUCUGAGUAUGUGCCCACAUAUGAGGACAAGGAUGGAGACUGGAUGCUGGUGGGAGAUGUCCCCUGGGAGAUGUUUGUUGACUCCUGCAAACGACUUCGCAUAAUGAAAGGAUCUGAGGCUAUUGGUCUUGCUCCAAGAGCUGUGGAGAAGUGCAAGAACAGGACCUGAAGCCAAAGGUGGACGGAAGGAGCAUGGGUGCGUGUGUCUGUGUGUGUAUGGACUUGUUUGUAUCAUGGUUUGAUAAUAUUAGAGGAACAAGGAUAUUGGCAUUGCUGUUAUGUAGAUGAACCAAGAACAAUGGCUUUGAUGAUGAUCACAACUCUAUCUGUGAUGUGUAGACUGCUGGAUCAUGGUGUGCUUAAUAAUUGCUCUUCAACGCUUGCCCUCA